GGCUGCAGCGCUGGAGAGUUACUAUGCAGCUUGGACUGCUUGUGGUGGUGGUUUUUCUAAGCUCGAUGGAUCUAACAGGCAGCAGCAAAGUGGUGAAGGGCAAGAGGCAAAGACGAAUCAGCACCGAGCUGAGUCAGGGCUGUGCCAGAGGCUGUGACCUGUGCUCUGAGUUCAAUGGGUGCCUGAGGUGCUCCCCCAAACUCUUCAUCCUUCUGGAGCGGAACGAUAUCCGACAGAUUGGGAUUUGCCUGCCUUCUUGUCCACUGGGAUACUUUGGCCUUCGCAAUACGGACAUGAACAAGUGCAUCAAAUGCAAAAUUGAGAACUGUGAGUCCUGUUUCAGUCGAAACUUUUGCACAAAAUGUAAAGAAGGUUUGUAUUUGCACAAAGGGAGAUGUUACGUCACAUGCCCCGAAGGCUAUGCUGCUGCCAACGGCACCAUGGAGUGCAGCAGUCCUGCACAAUGUGAAAUGAGCGAGUGGGGGCCAUGGGGGCCCUGCUCCAAGAAAAGGAAGCUCUGUGGCUUCAAGAAGGGCAAUGAAGACCGAACACGGCGGAUUCUGCAGGCUCCUUCUGGGGACGUGUCUCUGUGUCCUCCAACCACAGAGGUGCGGCGAUGCACGGUGCAGAAGAACCAGUGCCCUGAAGGGAAAAGGAAGAAAAAGGAAGAGCAAGGAAAGCAAGAUAAUGGGAAUAGAAAUCGGAAAGAUACCAAAGACACUAAGUCUGGCACCAAGAAGAGGAAGAACAAACAGAGAGGGGCCACGGUGCCUGCGACGCUCGCUAGCCCUGCCCAGUAGCUGGCCCUGUGCGUCACCUGAUGGCAAGACUCCAUUGCUGCUAUGUAUAUGAAAGCUUUAUUGAACAGAGCACUGCUACACCAUGUACACGUGUCCAGAGACAGACAUAUACUCCAGACUGACCCAGAGGCCACACACACAGUACUUAUGGAGGCUGCACACACCCCCCGCCCAGGACUGUGGAAGAAUGCUGCUGAGGAGUGGGAGCACACACGGAGGCAAAGCCCAUGGCCCCAGGGCUCUGUGGGGACACUGCAGGGAGGAGAGGUGGAGCAUAAAUCAGUGAAGGACCCAGAUGUGGGACUGAUUUCAUGAUCGAAGGCCUCAACUGGA